AUCGCUGCCCGGACCUGGGUGGGAAGACCCGAGCAUGAGGAGGGUGACCCUGUUCGUGAGGGGGAGCUCCCAGCUCGGCAAGGUUGUCUCCCUGCAUGGAUCGGCAAUCUCUGAUCUUCUGUCCCUGGCCAGCACAAAGUUGGGAAUCCACGCAACAAGUGUUUACAAUGAAAGAGGAGGACAGAUUGACGAUAUUGCCCUGAUCAGAGAUGAUGAUGUCUUAUACGUGAGUGAUGGGGAGCCUUACACAGAUGAUCAGAACGAGCAGAUGAUCACAGAGCAGCUGACUGGAGGUCAAACAGACUGGCUGACGCUUAAUGUAGGGGGAAGAUAUUUCACCACAACACGGUCCACGCUGGUCAGUAAGGAGCCCGAAAGCAUGCUGUCACACAUGUUCAGUGAUAGAGAUGCCUGGGGAAAUAAGAGGGACCACCGGGGAGCUUUCCUGAUUGACCGCAGCCCAGAAUACUUUGAGCCCAUUUUGAACUAUCUACGCCAUGGUCAGCUCAUAGUCAAUGACGGAGUCAAUUUGUUGGGAGUCCUGGAGGAAGCCAAGUUCUUCGGUAUAGAUUCCCUGAUUGAACAUCUGGAGUUGGCUAUAAAGAAUUCGCAGCCGGCAGAGGACCACUCCCCUAUCUCUCGGAAAGAGUUUAUACGGUUCCUUCUCGCCACCCCAACCAAAUCAGAGCUCCGUUGUCAGGGCCUGAACUUUAGUGGAGCGGAUCUCUCACGUCUGGACCUGCGAUAUAUAAACUUCAAGAUGGCGAAUUUGAGUAACUGCAACCUGACUCAAGCCAACCUCUGCGGAGCUUGCCUGGAGCGGGCAGACCUGUCGGGGUCUGUACUGGAUGGCGCUAAUCUACAAGGUGUGAAGAUGCUCUGCUCCAAUGCAGAAGGAGCCUCCUUGAUAGGCUGCAACUUUGAGGACCCAUCUGGCCUGAAAGCAAAUCUAGAAGGAGCUAAUCUGAAAGGCGUUGACAUGGAGGGCAGUCAGAUGACUGGGAUAAAUUUACGGGUUGCAACCCUGAAAAAUGCCAAGUUGAAGAACUGUAACUUGCGAGGUGCCACCUUGGCAGGGACAGACUUGGAGAACUGUGAUCUCUCCGGGUGUGAUCUCCAGGAAGCCAAUCUGCGAGGUUCUAAUGUAAAGGGCGCAAUAUUUGAAGAGAUGCUGACUCCACUACACAUGUCCCAAAGCGUCAGAUAGACUUUUACCUACUUCAUAUAUAUCCGUGAGGCGCCUGUGCGUCUGGCUGCCUUUGUACUGGAAAUACCCAGCCUAUUCCCUUUACUAUUGGGACAGUUCUAUUUAAUCUCUAUGCCGUAAUCACUUACUUUACUCUCACAGACUUUCUGUAGAAGGCACCUAUGUAAAUGAGCGACACGUGUAGCGUGUUAAAUGUUCCAAAGACCUGCUUCCUCCAUACAGCGUAAGUGGAUCUUGGAGAGUUUCUUUGCAAAUUCCCUAAUGUAGCAGAAGCUUAAUAUUUGUGCUGCUCCAGCACGACAUCUUAUAGGACUGUACGUCUCAGUCCUAAUCAGUGUUGCUGAUGUUAGGCAGACAGGUGGUUGGACCCUGUCAGUCAUCAUCUUCAGCAGUUGGUGGAGUUUAAAGUCUGCUGCUUCUUCUAUUGGCUGUUAAGCGGUCACCUGAGUUGCAGUAUUGUGUUGUCCGUUCGGAGGUUUGCAAAGUACGUGUACGCACUGCAUGCAAACUUAUACUCUAUGCACGUGCAGCUCAAACUGUGUAGCACAAAAUGUAUAAGAAACUGCCAAUUGCAAGGGGAACUCUAUGGUUUUAUGUUAUAACAGAGCCAAAGUAUAUUAUGGAUUCACUUUAGAAAGAGUGAAGUUCUACAAUCAUGUAGCAUAUCUGUGGGAAGACAAGUCCCAUCAUAUAUCUGUAUUGUCCCCAUGACCUGCAGGCCCCGGCACAAAUGACACUGCACUGCACCUACAGCCGGCCUGGGGUUACUGAGUGCCUUAUAGCAUCUGUCAUAGCUGCUCCUGCAGUUAUUUUUUAAUUAUGCAAAAUGACAGUAUAAAGUGCUGAACUGUUAUCUGUCUAUAUACAAUAAAUAUUUUUUUGAGUGA